CAGGCGAGAUUACAGAAGCUGAAGCUAAAGCACAAGGUGUGAGGGUUAAACAAGUGAUUACAGAUCAGUUGAGAAGUAUUGCUAUGAAAGCUCAACAGGCUCAACAAGCUCAACAACAAUUACAUACUCAAAACUUUUCGGGUCCAUCUACUUCAACUUCGACAUCUGGAGGAAUGGUCAACCCAAUGCUUGGUCCAGCUUUGAAUCCUAAUGGUCCGAAUGUAGGACCAGCUCAUCCAUCUGAAGGACCUAUGAUUUGGCAAGGUACAUUGAAUUGGACUGUUGGAACUAAACCUAAUGGACAAGAAGAAACGGUUUCGAUUAGAUUAGGAGGACAUGCAAGUCCAGCACAAAAUGCGAAUGAAUUGAGAAUCGUAGCAGAAAGUUGGCCAAAAGUAUGGAGAAUGAUGGGUAGUCUAAGAAGUACGAAUUUACACGAAUUAUCUGCACAUACUACUAUUAAUAAACCGCAUGGACUUUCAUUACAUUUGAUUUCGAAUGGAGGAGGUAAAAGAGAUGAAGAUUUGUAUGUGAAGAUCUGUGAAAGUAUGAUUAAUAAUACAUUUGGUGUAGUGAUUUUUGAUGAGAUUGGACAUGGAGUCGUUUUACUAUAUAAUCGAACCAUGAGAACUCUUUUCGGUUUAGUUUUU